UACUGGCCAAGACAUUCGCGUCAAGGAAGCUGAGCUGCAACGAGCAAGCUACGUGAUAACCGGGAGUUAACAGUGAUCGAGAUAAGUCAGUGUGUGCUGUGUUGGACCCUAGUAUUCAAGCUCUGAGGAUAAACGUACAAGCACAAAUAAUAUCCGAACUCUGUUUGAUAAAUAAAACAAACGAAAAGUGUAAAUUGAACAAAAUGAAUGUGGAAGAGUUUCGCAAAUACGGCAAGGAAGUGAUCGAUUAUAUAUGUCAAUAUGGCACAAACAUAGAGGAGCGUGAUGUGGCGCCCACUCUGGAUCCGGGUUACCUAAAAAAACUACUACCAGCCGACGCUCCUCAGUCGCCGGAGUCGUUCAAGGACGUGCUCGAGGACUUCGAGCAGAAGAUCAUGCCUGGCGUGGUGCACUGGAACCACCCCAAGUUCUUCGCCUACUUCCCCUCGGGCAACUCCUUUCCCUCGGUCCUCGGCGACAUGCUGAGCAGUGCCAUCGGAUCGAUUGGCUUCAGCUGGGCCAGCUGUCCGGCGGCGGCCGAGCUGGAGACGAUCGUGAUGAACUGGUACGCCAAGGCCCUCGGCCUGCCCAAGGCCUUCGUUUCGGAUGCGCCGGGCAGCACGGGCGGCGGCGCCCUCCAGGGAUCCGCCUCCGAGUGCGUGCUCGUCUCGCUGAUCACAGCCCGCGCCCGGGCCAUCAGCGAGCUGAAGGGCCAGACCAGCGUCCACGACAGCGUCUUUCUGCCCAGUCUGAUUGCCUACGCCAGCCGCGAGGCGCACUCCUCCGUGGAGAAGGCCACCAAGAUGGCGCUGGUGAAGCUCCGGAUCAUCGAUGCCGACGAGCAUGGACGCAUGCGCGUCGACCUGCUGCGCCAGGCCAUUCAGAACGAUGUGAACGCCGGACUGACGCCCUUUUUCGUGGUGGCCACCGUUGGCACCACCGGCGGCUGUGCCUUUGACGAUAUCACGGAGAUCGGCAAGGUGUGCCGUCAGGUGUCCAGCAUCUGGCUGCACGUGGACGGCGCCUACGCGGGCAACUCCUUCAUCCUGCCCGAGAUGCGGGUUUUCUCCGCCGGCCUGGAGUACGCCGACUCCUUCAACACGAAUCCCAACAAGCUGCUGCUCACGAACUUCGACGCCUCCGCCCUGUGGGUGCGCGAUGUGAUGAACCUGAAGAGCGCGCUCAACGUGAAUCCCCUGUACCUGCGGCACGAGCACUUGAGCGGAGUGGACUACCGCCACUACGGCAUACCCCUGAGCCGCCGCUUCCGGGCGCUGAAGCUCUGGUUCGUCUUCAGGACGUACGGCAUCAGGGGCCUCCAGGAGUACAUCCGCAAUCACAUGGCUCUGGCCAAGAAGUUUGAGAUGCUGGUGCGAAAGGACGAGCGAUUCGAGGUCCGAAACGAUGUCCACCUUGGCCUGGUCUGCUUCAGAAUGCGAACUGGCGACGAGCCGAACCACAUGCUGCUGGCUCAGAUCAACCACUCGGGAAAGAUGCACAUGACGCCGGCCAAGUUCAACGGUCGCUACGUGAUCCGAUUCUGCGUCACCUACGAGCACGCCACCGAAAAGGACAUCCUGGACGCUUGGAGCCAGAUAAAGUGCUUCGCGGAGGAAAUACUGCGGGACCACCAGUUGGAGUCCAGCUCUGUGCCCACCACGCCGGAGGGCUCGGAGCGGACCAGCUCGGAGCCAAUGGCUCCUGUCGCCGGCAAGCCGCCAAUCAAGAAGAAGCUGACACGCACCAAGUCGCUGCGCUUCUCCUUCACUCGUAGCAUUUCGCGGGAGCAGUACCAGAGCCAAAGUGAGCACCUUAUGGACGGGUGUACACCCAUCCUGGUCGUGGAUCCCAAAACUCUGCAGGAGAACUUUCAGAAAGCGGCAGACGACAAUGAAAGAAGCAACAGUAAUGGCAACUCGAAACUCAAAGAUAUAUCCGACGUCGACACGGACGAGGCGAGUAACUGAACGCCCAGCCGGAAGGCAUUCGCGGAUUUACCUCUACCUAGUAUUAACUAUCGAGCUGAAAAGAGGCGUGUACCUAAAGUCUAGCGACUAACAUUGCUCAGUUUGAGUUUAAGUACCUCUAUUUUAAGGGUCAACGUUGUUUGCUGAAUUUCAUGUCAUUUAAUCAUAGACUCAUUUGUAAUUGCUAAUAUUUUGUAUCUACAUUAAGUUACUAUCAUGAACGAAGCACUUAUUUAUAUACAUUAACUUGGCAUUUGUUAUGCACAUUUUGCAAAAAUUAUACAACUGAAACACUA